UUAUUUGCUUUAGCUUUCAGCUUACUGUUGCAGAGAGCAGAGAAGAGUCCACAAUGAUGGAGAGUGAGUCGAAUUCAAAUCCUAAAGCGCCCUUAUUGAUCGGAAAUGAGAGAAAGCGAAGUGGGAGACUGAGUCGAACGCUCAGAGACGAUUUUUUCUCCACAUUGCUUGACAAGGUUCGAUCUGGCGUGGAUAUCGAGUCUCCCUUUUACAUUGACGUUUCUAAAACCAAAGGAUUGACUAAAGAUGAGAAGAAAUACUACGAAAGACAAUUUGCUACAUUAGAAUCGUUUGAGGAAGUUGAUUCUUUGGAAUCGGAUGACACAGUCCAUGAAGAGGACGAUGACGAACAGCUGCAAGCUGAAAGGGCCAUGAGAAUCUCUAAUUAUGCAAAUAUUCCACUCUUGGCAUUUAAGGUACAAUCUCAAAGGAGCUUCUUUAAAAGAAUUAUUUUUUGUGAAACAGAGCUUAGUUAUUAAUCUAUUUAUUUAUAUUAAAAAAUUUGUAAUCAUAUUAGGGAUAAAU